UUGCGGACCCCAACUUCUUUAUAACGUCAAUAAUUCAUUCCCGAACCCCCCAUCUCUCUCUCUCUCUCUCUCUCUCUGUAAUGGAGUUUGUCACAGAUGAGAUCGAUCUUCAGGACUGGGAAAUCCUCAGUGAAGAGGAUGGCUCCUUCCAAUCCAAGGAUCUCUCUCAACAGCUCUCCUUCUCUCAUGGAGGCCGUCUCGAUGUCAAUUACUUUGUCUGCCCCAUUCACUCUCCUCGACUCCGCCAAAUUAGAGAAGAAAAACCACCACCUCUAUAUUUAGCCGAGAAGGAAAACCGGAUUGUCGGUUCUGUAGUGGAGAAAGACCCGCCACUGGAUUUGGCAGAACCCACACCACAGACGGUCCCAGUAACGGAGGUCAAACUGUGCACCGGUCCCCCUGUAUUUUCUCUUGAAAAUCUUGACCGGGAGGGAUCAGACCUAAUUUCUCAGGUGUUCCUCAAGAAAAUGGAGGAACCCAAAUUUGUCGACACAACCAGCAUGGACGGGCACCGCUCGAUCGACCCGAUUGCAGAGGAAAAUCAACGGAAAGCGGAUGGUUUAGUAGAGAGGGAGAGGAAGAGAAUUGGACGGGAAGCCAGCGACCCAAUUGGAGAAGAGAAGGGGGAUUUGGGGAGAGAAAGGAAGACAAUUGGAUGGGAUGGAUGUGUUAAUAUUUGGAGGUGGAGAAUUACAGGGAUUGGUACUCUGUGUUCUUUGGGCAUGGCCGCUGCUACAAUUUCUAUCAUCAUUUUCGGGAGACAGAAGCAUAAGCAACAUCAUCAAAAUCAUAAGCUCAGGUUUCAUAUUUACGCAGAGGAUAAGGGUUUCAAGCGUAUGGUUGAGCAGGCCACCAGGUUAAAUGAUGCGAUCUCUGCUGUUAGAGGGGCUCCUUUAAACAGAGCUCAGAUCACUUUCGGUGGUUGUUAUGAUGGAAUUUGAGUCCGAUCCGGAUUCUAGAGAGAGACACAGUUAGUGGGAUGCCAUCAUUGUGUGAGAGAUGAGAGUUACUUCUACUUUUAGAGAGAGAGAGAGAGAGAGAUUACUACCCAGUGAUUCAAUUUAGUGAGAGAAGAAUUUAGCAGUGUGUAAAUGUGCAGAGAGAAAUUACUCGUAUCGUGUAAAGAGAUGUAAUGUGUGCUAUCUAGAUUCUAGAGAGAGAGAGAGAGAGAGCUCAGUAUGUGUGACUUUUCUGUUUCUGGUUGUUUGAUGAUCAUGUAGACUAAUAUAAAUGUGUGUAUAGCUGAUUAUGUACAGACACCCAUAUUUUAUAUGGUCUAAACUCUAAAGUUUGAACCUUCUUCUCUC